CUUUCCUGAGUGCUUGUCAAAGACCCCAUCAAGGCCACAUUGCACUCUUUGUCAAAAAGCAAGCAAGAAGCAGCAAAACUUGCCUUUACGGAUUUCCCUCCUGUCCCAGGGCUUUGCCAGCUUCCAUUCUGCCUCUGAUAGCCUAGGAAGAAAAUUCUGCGCGACUACAAUUUCGGUUUCCAGUUUCGGUUUCCAGUUCGCUUUCAAUUCCCGCCUGAAGGCCGGCUGCACGUUGGCGUUACUCUGGAGGGAGGAGCGAGCGACGUGUUGCAGAGGAUUUCUGCACAAUCCUCCAGACCUCUCUGCACCGCGAGCAGAGGAAAGUAAAUCUCCGCCUCUCGUUCUGGGUCCUACUAGGGGGCUGGGCAGAGACAGAGAUCCCCGCACAGAUGGACCCGACCCCGGACCUGUAUGCGACCCCUGGCGACAGGCUGGACGCCUUCCUGGAGCACAGCCUUCAGCCCCGCUGGGAUUGGAAGGAAGAAGGACAGGAUGCCUGGCAGAGAGUCGAGAGGUUCUUUCGGGAUCAGUGCUUCCGGGAUCAGCUGGUUCUGGACCAAGAAGUCAGAGUGCUGAAGGUUCUCAAGGCCGGCUCUUUCGGGAAGGGGACGACACUGAACCAUACCUCGGAUGUCGACAUGGUUCUGUUUCUGAGCUGCUUUACCAGCUUCCAAGAGCAGGCAAAGCACCGAGGAACCAUCAUUGACUUCAUUAAGGAGAGACUGGAUCACUGUAGUGAAAGCCUGGCCUACAACAUCACGGUGGUUCACUACAGACAGGGAUCCAGGAAACCUCGCUCCCUAACCUUGCAGGUCCAGUCUAAGAAGAGCAGUGAUGUCAUUCGCAUGGAUGCGGUCCUGGCCUUCGAUGCUCUGGGACCCCUUUGCCCAGACUCUAAACCAGCACCAGAAAUUUACGAAGAUUUAAUAAGCAGCUACAGUCAUCCUGGGGAGUUCUCACCAAGCUUCACAGUGUUGCACAGGGACUUUGUCAAAAGGCGCCCUGUUAAACUGAAAAACCUCCUGCGGCUGGUGAAAUUCUGGUACCUGAAGUAUGUGAAAUCCAGGUAUCAAAAUACAGCUCUGCCCUCAAAGUAUGCACUGGAGCUACUCACUAUCUAUGCCUGGGAAAUGGGUACUGACCAGCAAGAGAACUUCAACAUGGAUGAAGGAUUUGUGGCUGUGAUGACUCUCCUCAGAGAUUAUGAAGAAAUUUGCAUAUACUGGACCAAGUAUUAUGAUUUCCAAAGUGAGAUUGUUGGGAAUUUUAUUAAGCAACAAUUGAAGAAGACGGGGCCCAUCAUCCUAGACCCAGCUGACCCUACCAACAACCUGGGCGAGGGAAGAAGAUGGGACCUGGUGGCCCAAGAGGCUGUUAACUGCCUGCGUCAGCCCUGCUGCCGGACUGAUGACCCCAGCCAGGGCUGGCAUGUACAGCAAGCAAGGGACGUGCAGGUGACAGUGAAACAGACAGGGAAGGAGAACUGGACACUCUCAGUGAAUCCCUAUAGCCCCAUCUGGAAGAUGAAGGCAGAGAUCAAGAAAAGAAAUUGUAACACUGGAAAUCAGCGUCUAUCCUACCAGGAGCCAGGAGGGGACAGGCAACUGCUCAGAAACAAGCACACCCUGGCAUCCUAUGGGAUCUUCUCUAAGGUGAACAUCCGGGUGUUGGAGACCUUCUUUCCUGAGAUCCAGGUCUUUGUGAAGGAUUCUCAUGGCCAGAGCAAGCCUUAUGCCAUAGAUCCUGAUGACACCAUCCUUGACCUGAAAGAGAUUAUUAUGGAAGCUGGAGGACCUGCAGUGGAGGAUCAGAUAUUGAAGUUCCAGGGUCGGACACUGAGAAAUCAUGAGAGCCUCGACGACCUAGAGAUCGAAGACUCUGACACUAUCAUGCUUAUUAGGAGAAGCUGAACGAUUCCAGGAGCGCCUGUAAUGUAGACUCCCAUGGUCCUGUUCCCCACCCCACCCUUUUCUACUCACUGUGCUAUUUCUGAAACCUAAAUAUACACCCCUGCAUAAAACCCUCCAAUGUCUCCCCAUUAUCUACAGAGUGAAGUCCUUUCUUACCCCUCAGUCGCUCCUCAGCAUUCAGAAUACACUGCAUGUUUCCUAACAUUAGCAAUUCCAGAACUCUGACUGCUGGGUCACAACUCCGUCACUUUAAGUCACCUGUCCUCCCUCUCCUCCCUGUUUUCAUCUUUCAGUGCCCCAAUUUCUAAAUCAUUGAACCUCACACCAGUACAACCAGCAUCGCUUAGCAAGUGCUUAGAAAGGAAAAUUCUCAGCUACAUUCCCACACUUAACCUGAGUCAUAUUCCCAGGUGGUCGAACUCAGGAGCCUGUGUCUUAAUAGCCCUUCCAAGUAAUUCCAAUGCGUGCUCAAUUUGGGGACCACUGCUGGGUACUCUACACAGCUGACCAAGUCAUCCUUUUCCCUUAUCCUCUGGCGUACUCAGAUCUAAAUUCCGAAAAAGCGCCUGAGCCGUCACUAUGUCCCUUUGUUAGAUCAUCUAUUUCCUGUCUGAUGAGACUUGAGCAAACUAUGUCUUACUGCUUCUGCCCCGUGAACUACAGUGGUAUCUGCCCCGUAUCAACUCUUGGCACAUAUUUACUGAAUAAAGGAAUGAGUCCAAAAAAAA